GACAGUGAGUAACAAAAGCUGCCUCCGGGAAGUCCUGGGGCAGACGGACAAGCCCAAGGACAAGGGAGCAGCUACUGGACCCAACAAGGAAUAAAAUAGACCCUAACUCUGGAAGCUGAAGACAAAAGUGCAAGACUAGCUCUGUGACUCCCAUCUGUGGAGCCUUGGGCGGCUAUCUCCGGGCCUUCACUUACUCUUUGUGAAACGGGGACAAGGGCAAUCCCUACCUUACCAAGUCAAUGGGAGUGAGGACAUGAAGACACGGUGAUUGUGAAACACUUUUGUCAAUCACACCGGCAUUCAGGGUGCCCAUCUCCAGGUCCCCCCACACCUCAAGGCUCCCAAGGCCUGAGUGGGUGGGUGGCACCCAGGUGUAGACUGUCCACGUGCAGUACCCAGGACACAGCCAGCAUGAACUGGGCAUUUCUGCAGGGCCUCCUGAGUGGCGUGAACAAGUACUCCACGGCGCUAAGCCGCAUCUGGCUGUCUGUGGUCUUCAUCUUUCGCGUGCUGGUGUACGUGGUGGCAGCCGAGGAGGUGUGGGACGAUGAGCAGAAGGACUUUGUCUGCAACACCAAGCAGCCUGGCUGCCCCAACGUCUGCUACGACGAGUUCUUCCCGGUGUCCCAUGUGCGCCUCUGGGCCCUGCAGCUCAUCCUGGUCACGUGCCCCUCACUGCUCGUGGUCAUGCACGUGGCCUACCGCGAGGAACGUGAGCGCAGGUACCGUCUGAAACAUGGGCCCAAUGCCCCUUCCCUGUAUGACAACCCGAGCAAGAAGCGGGGCGGGCUGUGGUGGACGUACUUGCUAAGCCUCAUCUUCAAGGCCGCCGUGGACACCGGCUUCCUCUAUAUUUUCCACCGCCUCUACAAGGAUUACGACAUGCCCCGCGUGGUGGCCUGCUCCGUGGAGCCUUGCCCCCACACUGUGGACUGUUACAUCUCCCGGCCCACAGAGAAGAAGGUCUUCACCUACUUCAUGGUGACCACAGCUGCCAUCUGCAUCCUGCUCAACCUCAGUGAGGUCUUCUACUUGGUGGGCAAGAGGUGCAUGGAGAUCUUCGGCCCCAGGCACCGGCGGUCUCAGCGCCGGGAGCGCCUACCUGAUACGUGCCCACCAUAUGUCCUCUCCCAGGGAGGGCACCCUGAGGAUGGGAACUCUGUCCUCAUGAAGGCCGGGUCAGCCCCAGUGGAUGCAGGUGGGUAUCCGUAACCUGCGAGAUCACCAGAUAGGAUCACCAGGUGCCCCCCACCCCAUACAUGAGGCCACCCAGGAAAACAGGAAAGGGCAGUGGCAUCCUUGCCAUAGCAGGGUGGUGAGGAAGGUGGCUGUGGGGGCUCAGGAAGCUCACCCAGGGGUCAAUGCGGGAGGUGGGGGUAGUUUGGUCCCUAGGUCCUAAGCCUCAGGGGAGGGAGGUUGAUGGCUAGUGAAGAUUUUGUAUAUGGCGAUAGUGUAUGUCAAACCUCUUAAUAAAUAUGAUUUUCUCAGUA